AUGGCAUCCCACAACCGUUUUCUCGGCCGCUUGCUCUGGCUUCUUGCUCUUGUCGGCUUUGCCCUCGCUCAACCUCCUCAUCCUCGUAUGAAGACGCCUAACCCUCCCGGCUUGAAGUUCCUUUAUUCCAUGAACUGCACCUUGGCGACGCCGAUCCAAGUGGGCGCCGGCCCUUAUGGCACACGCACGGUGAUUCCUAUCGUGGGAGGAACCUUCUCCGGUCCGCAGCUGAAUGGCACGGUUCUAAACCUCGGUGCCGACUGGGGUCUCAUCGAUUCUCAAGGUGUCUUCUCAGCCGAUACUCGGUACCAGUUGCAGACGAACGACGGCGCGAACAUCUUUAUUCGCACCAGCGGCCCUGCCCAGUCGGACGGCACUAUUCACCUCCGUAUGCAGUUCGAGACUGGCAGCUCUCAGUACUGGUGGCUGAACAAUAUCAUCGCGGUCGGCAUCUUGAAGGCUGGUAAUGGUUAUGUGGCGAUUGAUGCUUGGCAGCUGGAGAGCCCGAAGCCUGGAAACUAG